ACAAUGGUAGUACUCCCAAAAAAAAAAGUGGUGUUAUUAGCCAUCAAACAUCAAAAAUACACUUUUCCCAAAAAGUUCCCACAGAAACCUCUCCUCUCCCUCUUCUCUCCUCCCUCAGGCUAAGUCCACAGAAGCCUCUCCUCUCCCCCUUCUCUCCCUCAGGCUAGGCCCACAGAAGCCUCUCCUCUCCCCCUUCUCUCCCUCAGGUUAGGCCCACAGAAGCCUCUCCUCUCCCCCUUCUCUCCCUCAGGCUAGGCCCACUGAAGCCUCUCCUCUCCCCCUUCUCUCCCUCAGGUUAGGCCCACUGAAGCCUCUCCUCUCCCCCUUCUCUCCCUUAGGCUAGGCCCACAGAAGCCUUUUCUCUCCCCCUUCUCUCCCUCAGGUUAGGCCCACAGAAGCCUCUCCUCUCCCCCUUCUCUCCCUCAGGCUAGGCCCACAGAAGCCUUUUCUCUCCCCCUUCUCUCCCUUAGGCUAGGCCCAAAGAAGCCUCUCCUCUCCCCCUUCUCUCCCUCAGGCUAGGCCCACAGAAGCCUCUCCUCUCCCCCUUCUCUCCCUUAGGCUAGGCCCACAGAAGCCUUUUCUCUCCCCCUUCUCUCCCUCAGGUUAGGCCCACAGAAGCCUCUCCUCUCCCCCUUCUCUCCCUCAGGCUAGGCCCACAGAAGCCUUUUCUCUCCCCCUUCUCUCCCUCAGGCUAGGCCCAAAGAAGCCUCUCCUCUCCUCUCCUCUCCUCUCCUCUCCUCUCCUCUCCCCAUCCUCUCCUCUCUCAGGCUAGGCCCACAGAAGCCUCUCCUCUCCCCCUUCUCUCCCUCAGGUUAGGCCCACAGAAGCCUCUCCUCUCCCCCUUCUCUCCCUCAGGCUAGGCCCACAGAAGCCUUUCCUCUCCCCCUUCUCUCCCUCAGGCUAGGCCCACAGAAGCCUCUCCUCUCCUCUCCUCUCCCCAUCCUCUCCUCCCUCAGGCUAGGCCCACAGAAGCCUCUCCUCUCCCCCUUCUCUCCCUCAGGCUAGGCCCACAGAAGCCUCUCCUCUCCUAUCCCCAUCCUCUCCUCCCUCAGGCUAGGCCCACAGAAGCCUUUUCUCUCCCCCUUCUCUCCCUCAGGCUAGGCCCACAGAAGCCUCUCCUCUCCUCUCCUAUCCCCAUCCUCUCCUCCCUCAGGCUAGGCCCACAGAAGCCUCUCCUCUUCCCCUUCUCUCCCUCAGGCUAGGCCCACUGAAGCCUCUCCUCUCUUAUCCCCAUCCUCUCCUCCCUCAGGCUAGGCCCACAGAAGCCUUUCCUCUCCCCCUUCUCUCAGGCUAGGCCCAUUGAAGCCUCUCCUCUCCCUUUUUCCUCCCAGGAAAGGCAUUGUUGAAGGAUGGGAAAUGGGGAGGUAGAGUGGGGGUGAGUAGAUAGCUUGCAGGCAGAGUUUGGGGGAAAAACAUCAGUACUGCAGUUAUUAAACAGAUAACAAAAUGGGGACACCACAGAUGAGAAAAGGAAGCUGGAUUCACAUGCUUCAGGAAAAAGAUGGACAGAUAAAACCAAUUAAAGACAUACAGUAAAUACAAGAACGAAACUUUUCCUGUACAUGAAGUUUAAAGAUUCCCUCAUAACUCUGGGCUGUUCUCAAAAGUACAGAGAGGGAAGGAAGAAAUUGGACACAGUUCCCUCUUCACUCUGUUUUGUGGGCGUUUUCUUUCUUUUCAUUGCUUUAACUUUUUUUUUUGUCUUUUUUUUUUUGUUUGUUUUGGAGACAUUUUAGAGUUUCAAUGACCCUGAGGCCAAGGUCUGGGAAAAAUCCAUCCAUAGACACAAUGGGUCUGUGCCAGGAAGGGAGGCUUACCCGGGCCAGGUCCGUUGGUCAGGUUAUCUUGAAGUCCCAUCUUGAGGAGCCAAACUGAUGGAAGAAAUAUCCCUCUGGUUCAGUUCCAAGCUGGGAGAAAGACACUGGAAACAUGGAGGCUGAUUGGAAAGAUGGUUUAUUGAUGGACAGGAUGACAUGGGUCCUGUCCAUCCUGGGCAGAUGAACACAUGGAGUAGAGAGUCAGGGGGGAAAUAUAAUAUUCUGCCUUUUUAAUAUUUCAUUCUUCUGGGAGGGAGUGGCUUCCCACAAUGGUUAUAGCAUUGUUUCCUGUAAAGAGAGAUUUCAGAUUGGUGCAGUAGAAAUAGCAACACUGAAUUUAUGCACGCACACAAACAUAAAGCAAAACUCCGAAGGAGGAACUCCUGAAACAAAUCUUCCCAACAACCUAACACCGAUGCAGAACUCAGCAGGGAGCUGGAGGAGAGGCACAGGAGAAUCGAUAAUUUGGAACAACAACUUGAAGUGGAGAGGAAGGAGUAUAAGAGCCUCCUUCUGCAGCAAGCUGGGGAGAAACAGGAGCUCCUCACAGAGAACAAAACUCUCCAAGAACAACUGGAGAGAAAUUCAAAAAUAUUCGACGAGAUGAUUGAGGAACGAAUGAAUCUAAAGGAGGAAAUUAAGGACUUACAAAUUAGGAACGAGAAGUUGAGCGAGGAGAAGGCAACAAUCCUGCGGAAUUUCAGGGAGAGGCUGAGGAGGAAAGAAACAGAGGCAGAGACUGACCAUCAUGGUGAAGGGGCUGGAAGAUCAGGAGGAAGACUUUGAAAAGCUCCCGAGGAUCCCAAGAUAUACAGAAACAUCUGCCAGGAGCUUCAAAUAGAAUAGAAUUUUUUAUUGGCCAAGUGUGAUUGGACACUGAAGGAAUUUGUCUUGGUGCAUACGCUCUCAGUGUACAUAAAAGAAAAGAUAUGUUCAUCAAGAAUCAUAAGGAACUCAAACCAUGUGAUCCUGUCCACCAUUAAAUCAUCUUUCCAAGCAGUCUCCAUGUUUCCAGUGUCUUUUUUCCCCACUUGGAGCUGAACCCAGAAGGAUAAUUCUUCUAACAAGUUGAAAACCAGGGAAACCGCUGGAUUCAGGGUUUCCGGCUUCCUCUGGCCAGUCCCCUCGCUUGCUUGAAGCUGUUUGAAGAGAAGCAAAAAGAACGGUUAUGGGAAGGCUGCCCUGUUUGAAGGUCUGAGGAGGGUGGGGAAAAUUACCCUCCAUGAGAUCCUGACGGACAGAAAUUUGCACCAAGACAACAAAUAUGUUCAGCUCAGGGAUGUUUAUUCCAGAGCCAGCAAACCCCACCUGGAAGAAGGGAAAAAAAUAUCCCCCAGGAUGACUGACCAGAGGUGCGUCCAGCUUUCAACGGAGAAGGUUACCAGCACUGUCCAUAUUCUGGGCACCGAGCUCUUCCUGGACAUCCUUGGGGCAGCCCCGAGGGCUGCGACCUGCUUCGAGAUCUGGGCCACCCACGGCCUGAACAUCUACAAAAUCGAGGAUCACAUGACAAAAUCGAAGGUCUGCUGCCACGACUCAACAUGGCCGCUGGACCAAACCGUCAAAUUCAGCGCCACCAUGGAUGCACCCAGCGACCAAGUCGAUGACAAAAAGAUCAGAGUUUCGUACUAUGAGUGUAACGACAAGAUCCCCAUCGCCAAAGCGAUUCUGCAUAUUACCUGCAUAGAAAUGUCCCUGGAUGCUGAUAUAAACCGUUCAGGAAUGGUGACCAGAGGAGGGAAGCAAAAGGAUCAGUGGACGUGGGGUCCAGAUGGAAAAGGCGCCAUUCUCUUGGUGAACUGCGACCGAGACAAUCCUAAAGCCAAAGAGGAAGACAACAAGGACACCAAGCUGACGUCCAAGCAAGACCUCCAGGACAUGUCCCGUAUGAUCCUGACAACUCAGGGACCUAAUGAAGUUUUUGCAAACUACCAGCUGACUCUCCACAUCUCGAAAGCUGAUUGUGACAAAGUGGGAGUCUUCUACGCUCAAGACAAGAAGGAGCAGAGAUAUUACAAACAUGUUCUAGGAUCCGAAAAAAUCUCCUACCAUGUGAAACGGAACCUUGGUCAAGUGGAGAGCAUUUUCUAUGUGGAAGGGCUGAAAUUUCCAGACAUUGACUUUUCAGGGCUUGUCACUUUCCACGCUUCACUCCUGGAGCCCGCCAAGAAGGGGGUCCCAGAAACUUCCAUUUUCACGGAUACUUUGGUCUUCCGGGUUGCUCCAUGGAUUAUGACCCCAAACACCUUGCAGCCAGUUUCUGUUUACAUCUGCAGUGUUGAUUACAAUAAGGAUUUUGUGGAACAUAUAAGGAAGCUUGCCACAAAAGCUGGAUGCAAAUGUAUUAUCUGUCCGAAAGAGAAAAAUCGAGGUGACAAAUGGAUCCAGGAUGAGAUGGAGUUUGGGUACAUCCAGGCUCCCCACAAAACAUUUCCAGUUGUCUUUGACUCCCCAAGGGACAGAGGGCUCAAAGAUUUCCCCUUUAAGGAGGUUUUGGGUCCAGAUUUUGGGUAUGUAAAACGGGAACUAUCCUCCAAGGAGCUUGGUUCUAGCCUGGACGGAUUUGGGAAUCUUGAAGUCAGCCCUCCGGUGAAUGUCAAAUUCAAGGAAUAUCCCCUUGGGCGUAUCCUAAUAGGGGCCGCUCUUCCUAGGUACAGCCCAAUGUCCAAACUGGUCAAGGACUUCCUCUACGGCCAAGUUGUACAAUCUCCCAUUGAACUCUACUCAGAUUGGCUCUAUGUGGGACACGUAGAUGAAUUCCUCAGCUUCGUACCUGCUCCAGACCAGAAGGGUUUCCGUCUGCUGCUGGCCAGCCCGAGAGCCUGCUUCAAACUGCUGGAAGAGAAGGAAAAGGAAGGACACGGGAAAGCCAAAAUGCGUGAAGGUCGGAAAGCCAAAAUGCCUGAAGGAUUUAAAUUCCAGGAUCAGAAAGAGCGGAAGCUCUGCUCCAUAUCAGAAAUUAUUGCUGACGGUUUGUUCCGGCAGUACAACGAUAAGUGCCAAAAGUAUAUUGAUGGGAACAGAAAAACCCUUAAGGAGGAGCUGGGCCUGACAGAGGAAGACAUUAUUGAGAUACCUCAGCUUUUUUACUCUUCUCAGGAGGUGCCUGAGAAUUCCAGUUCCCAAAUGGUCAGGGCUUCCGCUAAGGCUUAUUUCCCAGACAUGGUAAAUAUGAUUGUUCUGGGGAAACACCUGGGCAUCCCAAAGCCGUUUGGACCCAUCAUUGACGGCCAAUGCUGCUUGGAGAAAGAGGUCCGACGUCUCCUGGAGCCCUUAGGGUUGUCCUGCAAUUUCAUCGAUGACUACGGAACUUACUACCUCUUAAGUGGCGAUGUUCAUUGUGGCACAAAUGUCCUCCGGAAGCCCUUUUCCUUCAAGUGGUGGAACAUGAGGCCUUGAGGGCCUCAUCACGCCUUCUGUUUUCCACUCAAAUCAAGAUGAUGACACAGACCUUCUCCUGCACUUCGUCAGGAAAUCCGAUCAACUGUCCAAGAAAUCCUGGGUGAUUCCUCUUUCGGUGGUUAUAUGAAGGUGCUUGCAAGCUUCUCUUGUGAUUUAGGCUUUCUCCAGUAUCUUUUCUCAUCUCUAAAUGUUAUCAGUUUGCCAAGAUGUUUAGUUGUGUUCGCCAAUCACCGAAAAGAACAGAGGGCAGCUAUGUUCAGGCAGGAUGCUCUAAACCUUCUCCUUAUCCAUGCACAGUAAUUCUAAAACUAGUUAUAGAAGAUCAGUGAGACAUUUCAUAACCCCAGUAGGUUCAUUUGUCCUUCAAAGAAUGCUAUUUCUCUCACCUCACCAAACCUCAUCGGCUCAGGUUUAGUCACCUAGAUUUUGUCACAAAUCAAGAAAUGACCAACACUCUUUAAAGGUAGAUAUCCAACAGAUGUAGAACAUUUUCCAAAAAAACAAGUUGGUCCAAGGUCUUGUGAACUGGGACGAUGGAAGUUUUUGACCUAAAAGUACCAGAUGUGGCCAUUGGCCCCAGAUGUGUUGUGAAGGCUGGCAGCCCUUCCAAGUGUACAGAUCAAAAUAGUGAUGAGUAAUUAAUCCAUAUUUUAGCUUCAUGUUAAUUUCUAUCAUUUCAAACCAUUUGAUUUGCCAAGAGGCAUUAUGAAGGUACGAUGAUCGUCAAGUCCAUAUUUCUUUGGCUAUUAAUUUUUAAAUGGAAUGCGUACCACCGCUGAAUUAUUUUAUAUUUUUUAAAAAAUCACAGGGGCUUUUCUCACGGAUCUACAAAUUGUUUGAAUAAAUUGUGAAGAACUU